GGCACAGUGGGGAACAUGCAUGGCCGAGCGAGAGCUGCUCUGACAUGGGUUGAUUUCUUCAUGCUGAACUACACGACUUUCCACCGCUCCUGCUUAUAUUUGCCUCAUUUCAAGCGACACUUAGAAAUAUUUGUGUCCAUGCUAAGGAUUUUAUGAACUCGUUUUUUUUGCCACGGCACAUUUGAACGACUCCGGUUCAAGGAAAGAGCUGCUCCUAGUUCUUCAGCGGUUGUUCAGCCGUGACAAUACAGCGACAGCGCCGACGACACGGACACACAGCCGCGCGAGUAAAGGAAGAUUUGGCACUGUCUGUAGCCGGCUGGUUCCGUGGAGUUAAUUAUUAUUCAAAUGUUCUAUAAACAUUUCAGAGCAUAUUUAUGCAUGGACCACGCUGUUAUUAACUUGAAAAUCAACAAUUCAACGCUGCGUAGGCCUAUGGUUACAGAAACUAUUGGUGCCCAAAGAAGAGUUGAUCCGAGAGAAUAAUUAUUCAUUUGUGUAGGCUGUGGUAGACCGACUACAGGAAAAAACUAUUAUAAAGCUAAAAAUUCAUGUUUAUAAUAUAUGUGACAUCCCACAUCUUCUGCGGUCGAAGAGGAUGCUCUUGUUGCCAUGAAUACACGACAAAAACAAUGACUGAAAUAGUGUCUUUUAAACGGAUCCUCAACUAAUUAAUAAUCAAGACAUUUACCCACCAAUUGCAAUCAUUUUUAUUCCACAAACUGGCAUUGCUUUUUUUUACUGAAUGAAAAAACAACUUUUUUUACAAAUGUCAAUUCAAGCCUCAGCACAAUAACUGCCUCGUGAAAUAAUCCAAUCAAUGCGUUAUACUCGAGCAGUCAACUAAGACAUAAGGCAAUUAUAAUUUAAAAGCCUUCAGAUGUGAAUCUAAUUUCACUCGGUUCAUUUGAAGAAUUCUACCGCGCCAGACGCUGCAUCGAGAGGGACCUUGACGUGUCCAAGUUCGGGAGCCAUGCCGCAGAUGGAAAUGAUCCUAUGCGUUUCGCUGGUGUUAUGGACGUGUGUCUACGGCCAAGAGCCGGUCUCCAAGGUGGUGUCCGACCGCUAUGCGGUCUACUGGAACCGGACCAACCCCAGGUUCUACCGGGGUGACUACCACAUCGACGUGUGUAUAAACGACUACCUGGACGUCUUCUGUCCCCACUACUUGGACUCUGUCCCAGAGGAGCGGACAGAGCACUACGUCCUCUACAUGGUCAACUACGACGGCUACAGCUCCUGUGACCACACGGCCAAGGGCUUCAAACGCUGGGAGUGUAACAGGCCCCACUCCCCAAACGGACCCCUGAAGUUCUCCGAGAAGUUCCAGCUCUUCACCCCCUUCUCUCUGGGCUUCGAGUUCCGCCCUGGCAGAGAGUACUACUACAUCUCUUCCACCAUUGCUGACAAUGGAAGGAGAAGUUGCCUACGACUGAAGGUGUUCGUCAGACCAGCAAGUAAAUACAAUUGUGUGAAAACUGUCAGUGUUCACGAUCGGGUCUUUGACGUCAAUGAGAGAGUGGACAAUUCCCUAGAACCAAGAGAUGACACCAGCCACGAGUCAGCUGAGCCAUCCCGAGGUGACGUCAACUCCGUGGGCCGGGUUCAGACCGCCGGCCUGCUGGUGACCUCCUCCCUGCUUCUCCUGGCGGCCAUCUUGUCUUCAUAGCGCCCAGCCUGAGGGUUUUAGACAGAGCGGAGUGGACCGCCCUGACUGGACCACAGGCCCCCCACAACCCCCAAGGAGCACUUUUUAACAGACAGUCUCUCUCAGUGCAAGGGAGAGGAGAGACUUAUAAGUGGAAGUCCUUUUUAUAAACGUUGCUUUGGGGAGUUAAGAUGCCAAAAGCCUUUUUGUCAUUUUACUUUCCUGUGAAUUUUGAUAUUUGAAGGCCAUGGUAUGCUGUUGAAUUAGCUCUCCCCACGCCCUCUCACACACUAACACACACACACACAUGCUCACAUCUCUCUCUCUCUCUCUCUCUCUCUCUCUCUCUCUCUCUCUCUCUCUCUCUCUCUCUCUCUCUCUCUCUCUCUCUCUCUCUCUCUCUCUCUCUCUCUCUCUCUCUCUCUCUCUCUCUCUCUCUCUCUCUCUCUCUCUCUCUCUCUCUCUCUCUCUCUCUCUCUCUCUCUCUCUCCUCUGUAGCCACACCAAACAUUUUGCAAGAUUAAACUACGGAACAAAAACAUUUUCCAAACCCCCAAAUGACUUUGAUUGAGAAUAUGAUGAAGUCGUGUGGCAAAUGACAAUUGAUCGUUUGAAGAAGGCUUGUGACUGAUCAGAUCAGCCAAUCAAAUGAGGCCAAGGUAUACUGGCCAAUAAAAUGAGGACAAGGCAUGCUGGCCAAUCAACGGUGAAACAAGGAUCCAAAGCCAUGGUUGUAGCUUGGAGAAAUCCUGUUGCCAAGCGGAGGGUUGUCUGUUGUUUUCUUUCCUUUGAAGAGUCCAUUAGAAGUUCCUCUCAGGUGAUGGGGGUCGGAUUCAAUGACUCAGAGACUGGGAGAGGAUGUUUGAGAUUAACCGGAGAAAAUAAGCCCCCAUGUUUAGUACUUUCUGUCCUUUUAGGGGGAAUUAGUGAUUGAUUAAUGUAUUUUUGAAAUAAAUCACAUAAUUCAAGUUUAGCAGCCAACACGGGUGUAUAUUUGCGAGGAGCGUGGGAGCUGAUAUGGUAUUUUGUCAGGCAAAUGUAUUUUCCUAUUUAUUCUUGAGUCCUCGUGCUCUGUCCCUUUUCUGAUGACUAUCCUGGUUCUGUCACUGUAACUACAGCAGAGAGAAGCCCAAAACAUCCCACCACGAAAAAGCAUCAGUCUCUCUUUUUGUUUAAGACAGGUAUGCUUAUAUUUCAUUACUCGUACACAUUAAAUAUCUGGGCUUGGACUCAAAAUGUAAUUGAAUUGGAUUGUUUUUAUCCAGCUGAGUUCAGGGAAGAGGACAGAGACACCCUACACCCUUGUUGUAUCAGGGUGUAGGAAUGUGAGUUAUAACUGUGAUCUUCUCUGUAACAGUAAACACAAACUAUAUGCGUACUAACAAGUCAGCCCAUAUUACAAUCCACUACUUCAUUUGGAAACAUUGUCAUAACCUUUACCAAACUACAUUUACAUUUAUAAACACAAGGUACAGGGAUGACACCAUUCUGUAGCUAACACGAUUAGUUUCAAUUGUGUUUUUAGUAGUAUUCUUGGGUUCUGCCAGGCAAACAGCACACACUUGCAUUGAUAUUGAUAUUGAUAGGUUAGCGACUAUGCAGUGAUGAUCCACCCACACGUCCCCGCAGUUCUCCUAACUUUGCAGGAAGGUUGUGGUAACGUUGUGGACAUAAGGUUCCUCUAUAGCAGCUGCAGCUCUGGUAUGAUUUAGCCGUGUCUUUGAUGUCGUGUGGAGCAGCGUCCUUGCAGACCACAUGCUGGGUGGCCAUGCGUUGGUUAUUUCUGGAAUGGAAAAAGAAAAGACCACCAGGAGAGAGAGGGAGAGAGUUGUCCUGUUCAGUCUCUGGAUAGGUUGACUAGCAGGGGCGAGAGAGGUGUCCUGUUCAGUCUCUGGAUAGGUUCACUAGCAGGGGAGAGAGAGGUGUCCUGUUCAGUCUCUGGAUAGGUUCACUAGCAGGGGAGAGAGAGGUGUCCUGUUCAGUCUCUGGAUAGGUUCACUAGCAGGGGCUAGAGAGGUGUCCUGUUCAGUCUCUGGAUAGGUUCACUAGCAGGGGCUAGAGAGGUGUCCUGUUCAGACUCUGAAUAGGUUCACUAGCAGAGGCGAGAGAGGUGUCCUGUUCAGCCUCUGGAUAGGUUCACUAGCAGGGGCUAGAGAGGUGUCCUGUUCAGACUCUGAAUAGGUUCACUAGCAGGGGCUAGAGAGGUGUCCUGUUCAGUCUCUGGAUAGGUUCACUAGCAGGGGCGAGAGAGGUUUCCUGUUCAGUCUCUGGAUAGGUUCACUAGCAGAGGCGAGAGAGGUGUCCUGUUCAGCCUCUGGAUAGGUUCCCUAGCAGGGGCGAGAGAGGUGUCCUGUUCAGUCUCUGGAUAGGUUCACUAGUAGGGGCGAGAGAGGUGUCCUGUAAAGACUCUGGAUAGGUUCACUAGCAGGGGCGAGAGAGGUGUCCUGUUCAGUCACUGGAUAGGUUCACUAGUAGGGGCGAGAGAGGUGUCCUGUUCAGUCUCUGGAUAGGUUCACUAGCAGGUGAGAGAGAGGUGUCCUGUUCAGUCUCUGGAUAGGUUCACUAGUAGGGGCGAGAGAGGUGUCCUGUUCAGACUCUGGAUAGGUUCACUAGCAGGUGCGAGAGAGGUGUCCUGUUCAGUCUCUGGAUAGGUUCACUAGUAGGGGCGAGAGAGGUGUCCUGUUCAGUCUCUGGAUAGGUUCACUAGCAGGGGCGAGAGAGGUGUCCUGUUCAGUCUCUGGAUAGGUUCACUAGCAGGGGAGAGAGAGGUGUCCUGUUCAGCCCAGUGGACCGGAGUGAGUGAUGAGGUGAGAGAGAGGCCCCAGCUGAGAUCAAUAGAAAUCGGCUUCUCAAACCCAGGAACACUCGGUAAAUAUUUCCCUCAGUCCCUUCACUUACUUAUACACAGUCUAUUUAGUGUACUGACACUCACUCACCUCCUUUGUAAAGGGUCGAAUGGACUAUCAGUGAGAAAUACAUUUAGCCUCUGCCUCUGUAGGCUGCCAUUGUGGGAUUCAGUUUGACCAAAUCUGUAGAUAGGAAAAGUAAAAAUUCAUUGUCACCGACAUUCACUUCGGGGACCAUUGGGAAAUACGGAUCACCUUGUCUUAUGGGUACUGUGUAUCCAGCCGUAGGCUAAUAGAACGUACAGUGUUAGAGCAGUGAUUCUCACACUUCUUUGAAGGGCAACCAGAGUUAAGGGAGACAUUGUUAAUGUUGUUAGUGAGAAAAAUGUAAAUGUUUGAUAUAAAAAAAAAACGGUUGAUUUCAUUUCUAAAUGUCUUUUUGUAUGAGAAACAUGAUCAAUGUUACAGUCUAUAUCUGUCAAUUCUGAAUCCACCGUGCAGUUAGCAUUAUGUGUAAGCGUCUCAAAUAUCAACUGUGCAGUGUGUGUGUGUGUGCGCAUGUGUGUGUGUGUGUGUGUGGAGGUUGAAGUUAAGGUCUCUGCUAUUGGAAGUGCACUAUAUCCAUCCAUGCCCAUUCCAAGAACCAGACCACACUCCUAUCGCUCUCCACUUUUGACCAGACCUUUACUUAGUAGUAUUUUCAUCUGGAAUGUGGUUUAGGUGCCUGAUGUUUUGAGUUCUUGUACCUGCUUAGUUUGUCCUUGGUCUCUCCAAUGGUUUCAGAUAAAGCUUCAGUAGUCAGUAGCACCAUGUUGUUGUACCUGAAUUCAGGAGAUGGAAUGUCAUUUUUUUUGUAAAGCUUGUUGAGUGCUGGUUUUCUGUGCAUAUCACAAUGUCCUAAAUCAGUUAACUGUAAUUUUCUAUUCAACCGUUGAUGUAGAGUAUUAGAUGCAGUUUUGUUACAGGGUGAACAGUGAGUCUGAUUGGAGGAGCUCUUCACCUGAAUUCGGUACCUGUUACUGUCCCCUGGCCUCUGUCCCUGUCCUCUUGUCCCAGACCUAUUGUCCUCACCUCCCCAGACUGUUGUAACUCCUCCCUCUCUUCCUGGUCUAACUCGCUUCACCAGAUUUUUCUGCAAAUGUAUUUCAUACGAAGGCCAUUAUUUGUAAAUACACGUGUUGGAGCAGCUAUGACUAACUACAACAAAAAAAAAUGAUUUAAUAAAAGUUGUUUGUCAUUGUCUCUCAAA